AUGCAGGAGUCAAACAAUUAUGGGCACCAACAUCCCCUGCUUCUUGUGUUGAAUCAAGAGCAGCUGAUCCACAGUCAAAGUGGUGUAACUGAUUGCUCGAGGUGUGGGGAGAAGGUCUCUGCUCCAUGUUUUUGCUGUGCGGAGCACUGUGGGUUUUAUCUUCAUAAGGUAUGUGCCGGCGCACCUCUGGAGCUUAAUCAUCCUUUUCAUCCUCAUCAUCCGCUUCUUCUUAUGCAAAAUGCACCUUAUACAUCUGCUGGAGAGUACGCUUGUGAUUUUUGUGAUAAAGAUGAUAAUAAGUUUGUUUAUCACUGCUCUUGCGGAUUGGACUUUCAUAUUAAAUGUGCUUUGUUUACAUUUAAUAUUGCUGAGAAUAAUUUGAAAGAGCUUGAGCAUGUUGCCCUUCAAUAUCCAUUGAUUUCCACUGAAAAUGGUGAUGAAGAACUUGAAGAUGUUGCUAAGUGCUUUGGAUGUUGGGAACCGUUAGCAAAGUAUACACGCUUUUCUCCUGACUGUGGAUUUAAUUUACAUGAGAAAUGCGCUAAGCUUCCUUUCAAAUUGAAUCAUAUGUUGCAUCGCGAGCAUCCUCUUGUUCUACAAUUUAAUAGCCAACGGCUCUCCUGCAAGAUAUGCCUAGAAACAAGUGAAUGUACGAGUAGGACAUGUCUCAGAUGUGUGAUUGCUCUUACUCCUGGUGCUCGAACAUGUUUGAAACAUGAACACCCUCUCCGUUUCUACAGACGGUACGAAGGGAAGUGCAAUGCUUGUAGUCAUUUUUCAUGGGGGGCAUUUUGUUGUAAGGAUUGCAAUUUUGUGCUAGAUCUUGAAUGUUUUUCACUUCCAAUUAUGGCUCAACAUAAAUGUGAUAAGCAUCUUCUUUCACUCAUUGAUCGUGAUGAUAAUGAUGAUAAUAGUUAUUCAGAAAAUCAUUAUUGUGAUAUCUGUGAAGAAAGUUGA